AUGCUCGGCGACCCAGAUGGUUCAGAUUAUCCUCUGAUUAUAGCUUGUGGCAUCAGCGAACAAAGUAUCGCCAUCCAUGCCAUAUUUGACUCCAACGUGAUGAGCCUGGAGUUUGCCCGAUCCAUGAUCGACCAGCACCCCGGCGCAUGUUUGAGAGACAUCCAUGGGAUCAACCCAGAAGAUUUGGAGAAGAGUAUUGAAUGGAACAGUUCACACAGAAUAGAGAAGUGCAAAAAGUGCGUUCACCAUUUGUUCGAACAGCGCUGUACCGAACGGCCGUCUGCGCCAGCCAUUCGUGCCUGGGAUGGAGAGCUUACGUACAAUGAGCUCGAUAACCAGGCCUCUUGCCUUGCUCGCGCACUUGUCAAGGCCAAUGUGGAGCCUGAGAAGCUUGUAUUUAUUCUGUCAGAGAAAUCUCUUCGGACAGUUGUGGCUCUCCUGGGAAUAUUAAAAGCAGGUGGAGGGUUUGCACUGCUGGAUCCCUCGCAACCAACAUAUCGGCUCACUGCAAUGUGCAAACUAACUUCACCGCACUUAAUUCUGGCUUCAAGACGACACGCCGCCAAAGCAUCUCUCCUCGGACCACCGGUUUCAAUACUGGAAGAUAUGGAAGUUCGAGAUACAAACACAGCAUCGGUGGACUGGCCUUUUGAACGAUCAUGCCAGGCCGAAGGCCACCACGUGCUGUUCGCGGGCUUUACAUCUGGCUCAACUGGAGAGCCCAAGGGGGUGCUUGUGGAGCACGCGGCUUUUACCAGUAGCCUCGAGAUCCCUGGAGUGAGCAGAGAGUCUUAUAUGCUCCAGUUUGCAUCAUAUAACUUCAGUGUAGCCAUGACAGAGCAUUUGACGGCACUAAUCCGAGGCGCCUGUCUGUGUAUCCCUUCGGAGAAGAAGUUGGAAAAUAACAUGGAGGAGGCAAUAAGUGAACUUCGGCCCACCUGGGCAGUACUCACACCAUCAGUGGCGAGGGUUAUUGACCCCAAAGCUGUCCCAUCCAUCAAGCAUCUGCUCCUAGCUGGGGAACAGACAAGCCGCUCGGAAGUUAGUAAAUGGGAGAAGCACGUCGCGCUAUACGCUUUGUACGGGCAGACUGAAUAUGGCUGUGCUAUCAUGACCACACCCAUCUCAACGUCAAGCGAUUUAUCGACGCUUGGAUUUCCGAGUUCCGGAACUGGCUGGAUUGUCGACCCUAAGGACCAUAACCGUCUGAUGCCUCUCGGGGCUGAAGGAGAGCUGGUCCUCCAAGGGCCAUGCAUAGCAAGAUGCUAUGUAAAGAAUGAGGAACAAACAAGGAACACGUUCAUAAAUCCCACGUGGAGACAACGGGUGGGUAUCGAGGAACAUGACCGCUUUCUGAAGACUGGCGAUAUCUUUUCACGCAGCCCUGUCGACGGCUCGUUCCAAUAUAGGGGCCGCAAAGACAGGACGGCCAAGAUCCGUGGCCAAAGAAUGGAACUUGCCGAGAUCGAGUAUCAUUUGGCAGCGCAGUUUCCGGAAAAGCCCAAUGUAUGUACCGAGAUUGUUUACCCUAGUGACGGCGAUCCACAGUGCGGCAUGCUAGUCGAUGUCAUUCCCACUGCUCCUGGAAGUGGCGGAACGACAGAUACAUUCCGGCUUAUUGCACACGAUUAUGCAUUUUUGAGCCGUGUAAAGGCAGCUAUGAAGAACAUGCGCAAAGUACUACCCUCGUAUAUGAUGCCAAGUUCAUUCAUAUCGGUCACCAGCCUCCCCAGAACAGCAUCCGGAAAGAUCCAUCGUAAGCUCCUGAUAGAGACUAUUUCUCGAUUAUCUCGAAGAGAGAUACUUACCUACCUGAAUGCACCUAGGGAUUUCAGGCCCCCGACUACGGAAACAGAAGCGGUAUUGCAGUCUCUAAUUGCCAAAGUAUUGUCAGAAGAUCCAGAGUGUAUCGGGAUGGAUGACCGAUUCCUAGCGUUGGGAGGGGACUCUCUCUCAGCACGACAGCUAGUAGCCCUUGCACGGACAGAGGGACUAUCCAUAAAAGUUCUGAUUGUUUCCAGCAACCGGACAAACUCCGUUCCUGACUGGAAGGGUCUUGACCCUUUUCGUUCCCUGCGAGAGGACUUCAUGCGCUACCUUCCUGAGCAGCUCACCGUCAGCAACAUUGAAGACAUUCUUCCAACACGCGAGAUGCAAUUGUUUCUGGUACAGUAUGGAAUAAUGGACUACAUACCAAUCCGGCUUUCGGGCCGUCUUGACCCUGUUCAAUUACGCCUUGCCUGCCAAGAUCUGGUGAAGCAUCACACCAUAUUACGCACUAUCUUUGUACAAUUUCGCGACAGUCACGUACAGGUUGUCCAGAAACAAGUGAAAGUCCCAUGGACGGCGUUCACGGAGCCCCCAGAUAACUACGACCCCAAUAUGUGGGCACAUUCUGUAUGUGCCAUGGACCGGAGAACAUAUCAGACGAACGAGACAUUCGUCAAAUUCAUACUGCUACAAGACGAUAGAACACAACAGCAUACGCUGAUCAUGCGAGCCAACCACGGCCAAUUUGACGGGCUUUCCACCUAUGCGGAUUACGUCCGCAAAUGUGUUGAACUACGCACCACGCAGUCACUGCGCUUUUGGACGGACCUAUUGCACGGUUCGACGCCGAUAACCCUUCCACUCACCCCGUCAAAAAACCAUCAACAGCCCGUCUGUAUAGUCGCCUCCCGGGACCUGCCCACAACGAGCCCACCCCCUCCGGGGUUUACCUGGGCCACGGUGGUAAAGGCAGCUUGGUCGUAUGUUCUGCGGCAGAAGGCGGACAGCAAUGAUCUCACAUUCUGCCAAAUCACCAAUUCCCGCUUUGUUGGCAUCCCCGGGCAAGAGCGGAUCCUGGGCCCGUGUCUCAAUCCUAUUCCGGUCCGCGUUCACUACAAGGCCCAGUCGACAGUCAGAGACCUGUUAAGUGCUGUCCAGCGCCAACACGUCGACUCGAUGGACUAUCACACCCUUGAAUGGGGGGACAUAGUCGCUAAUUGUACGGAGUGGAGCAACGAUACAGAGAUGGACUCUAUUGUUCUGCACGAGAAUAUCGACGCCAACCCCGUUACGCGCGUCGGUGAUGCUGUGUGGCAGGUGUUGGCGCAUAGCAUUGAUAACCCGCCCGAGAGGACUGUAUACCUUUACACGUAUCCCCAGAGGGAUUCAUUGUUUGUUGUGCUGAUUAUGUCGAGUGAGUUCGGAUGCAGAGCUGAUGCUGAGGGCCUUGUUGGGAUGUUUUGUUCUGCUGUUACUUCGUUUGUCAAUAACCCUGACAUGUCAGUGUGUUGUAUGUAA